UGAAUGCCAGCAAAUUGCAGAGAAACUCCUUCUCCCAGUUCAGGUCUCAGCCUUCCCCAUAUCUCCUUCUCCCUUUUAGUGCUCUACAGACAGGAAGGGAAGUUAAGGGUUCUCAGGAGUUCCUGCUUUUGAAUAAAUGGAUGGCAACAUUUCCCAGCUCUCCCAUAGCCCAGGCCAUGGAAUGGUGAUUUCUGACAACUGGACUGGAUAUAACCUGGAUGUGUUCAGCCUGCCCAACCACUACUGCGAGGAUCUAGAAUGCGUCUUCAUACCACAUGGAGUCAUAGUUGACAGGAUAGAAAGACUGGCCAAUGACAUAAUGAAAGACAUUGGAGACAAUCACAUCACCGUCCUGUGUGUGCUGAAAGGAGGCUACAAAUUUUGCGCUGAUCUGGUAGAACACAUCAAGAACCUGAGCCGCAAUUCAGAGAGGUUUAUUUCUAUGAGAGUAGACUUUAUCAGGCUGAGAAGUUACUGUAAUGACAAGUCUACUGAAGACCUGCAGAUCAUUGGAGGGGAGGACCUGUCAAAAUUGUCCAGAAAGAAUGUACUGAUUGUAGAGGAUGUUAUAGGAACCGGCAGAACAAUGGAAGCUCUUCUAAGUCACCUGGAGAAGUACAGUCCAAAAAUGGUGAAAGUGGCAAGCUUGUUGGUGAAGCGAUCGGCCAAUAAUAAAUACAGACCGGACUAUAUUGGAUUUGAAAUUCCCAAUAUAUUUGUGGUCGGAUAUGCCCUGGACUACAAUGAACACUUCCGAGACCUUCAUCAUUUAUGUAUCAUCAAUGAAAAAGGCAAAGAGAAGUAUAAGGUGUGACGCCCGCUCAUCUCCAACAAGAGGCCAGCAAAGCCCUAAGUGAACUGGAAUGACGUUGUAAUGAUGAUGAUGGCGGUAACUUUCUAUACAAUGUUGGUGAGGUUUAAAUAGAAGUGAGUUAGCCCCAUUGGAAAAAUAAAAAUGGGACCCCUUCCUUACCGAUUUUACCGCAUCACACCCCUACAUUUUGAGACCAUGCCCCAUCUUAAUGGGGUUGCCCCACAAAACAAUAUUCUACAUUUUUGAGAGCAUCAUCUGGAUCUGGAUACUUUUGUAAUUGGAUUUGAUUGAAAAUGUAUUAUACCUACUAAGUUAUUUAAUAAAAUGUAUCUGUAUAGCGCCA